CGCUACUCGGUCGUUGUCAGCGACACUAGCUGGCCAGACCCUCUCAAGCUCCUUGUGCCCUUCCAGUCUUCUUCCAACUGCGCCGCCUUCGUCACCGAGAUUGUCAAGCGCGCAGCUCGCUACGCCAGAACGACCAACGCCGCCGACUGCACUCUGCGCCUGGCCAGUAUCGAUGGUCCCAUCCUCGACCCUGACGACAUUCUGUCUGACGUGGUCGUCGACGAACAGCUUUUUGCCGUCUUCGACUCUGCCACUGACAGAUCCUCGGCUCAGUCCAACGAUGUCACAAUGACUGGACUCCGGAAUGAUGCAGCCGGCGCCCAGCAGUCUCUCACCAUCCGCAAUGCCAUCCCCAUCCGCGUCAUCACUCCCGCCAUUGCCAAGCUGAUGACAAAGGACCCAAAUGUCCUGCCUACCCCUGCCUUCAGCAUUCCUGCCACAGCAAAGCUCCAGCAGCUCCACGACGACGCUGUUCGUCAUCUCGGCGACAAUGGUCCCGACAAGUUGGACUCUGCUUUCAUCCUCGACCUCCACGUCCACGAGCUGCCUGUGACUCCGUCCUGCCUGGAGUUGACUCUUGAAGAGACUGGCCUCGCCUCAUCUCUCAAAGACGGCGUCCUCACCAUCUAUGCUGUGCCACGUCCUGCUUGGACCACUCGCUCGCCUGAGCCUACUGGCAGAGUCGGCAGGAACGAUCUCUACGCCGCUGCUGAUCACUGGCAGCCCGAAGUUCGCCAGUCUGACCGUGGUGUCGCCAUGUUCUUAUCUUCUCUCAGAGUCUUUGCCCAUCUACUGAAGAGCAACUCCAUCCCAGACGAACACAGAGAAAGAGUCGUCUACGUCUUUGACUUGAUGUGCUCCUUCCCACCUGCCGUGCGCGCUUUGCACCUGUUGAUCCAGGGACGCACAAUCUCGCAACUGGCCAGCGCUGCCCUGAGCCAGGCUUUCUAUUGCAUCCUGGAAGACCUCGGUCACGAGAAGCUGAUCCAAAACAACGAGACCAGACUUUUCGAGGGUGCCCGUCUUGUUUUCGGCCUCAUCAUGGAGAAGGCCAACCAGAUCAAGUCCACCAGUUUCGCCGUGCCCGUCUACUCGUCUCAAAUUCGCAAGGUUCAAUUUCAACCUUCCGCAGCUGUUCCGUCCUUCGAGCUCGUGCCUGUUGGCGGAGACUCAUCUCGUCUUGCCGCUCCGACAUGUGUGCAACCGGACGCCACCUCAGGACUACUCAAUCUGGACCUGUUGUCAGAGUCUGAGCAGAUUGUUUUCAUCUUUGACUCUCCUCAGGUCCUCUUUGCCCGUCCGCAGACCUUGCAAGACAUCGUCAGCCCUGGCGAUCUUCGGGACUUGCACCAGCUGGCCAACCUUUGCGGCAAAGUCUCCCUAUCAGUCAUCAGACCAAUGUUGUUGUCCUCGGUCGCUCCUGAACACUUGACCUUCGACUCCAGGGGGCAUCUCGCCGUCUACACCGGCAAGGCUGGCUGCGCUAUGCCGGGCGAAGACACCAUCAUCUUCCGUCCUCUACAUGGAGAGCAGACCCCGAACAUGGGUCAUGUCGAACAGAAGCUUGCCCCUGUCCUGCAGAGAUACGAGCAAGAUGGCACCAACGUCUUUGACGUACUCGGCUCUGCUCAGACUCGCGCUCUCAACGACCCUGACGAGAUAAUCAUGUUUGCGGUUGACUGCAGCGCAAGUAUGUCCAUGUCUACUGAUCUCAUUGGUAUCGACAACAGUCCGAGCGUCGUUCAGGAACCUGAAGUCCCUCAGAUCUCGCCUCACGUCUACACUCAAGUCACACUGCAAGACACGAAAAAGUCAACCUCCGAGCACGAGGUCUAUGAAGAUGUUCUUGGUGCGGUAUUCGAGUCUGCCAACGGUGCGAAAGCUACUGUGGCGGGUAAGAUGCUGACUCUGAUCUUUGAUUUGCUUACAGACGAGCUGGCAAGGCUACGUCGUGAACCCUUCUACAACCAAUGGCAGCGUCAGCAAACAAACAAGAAGAUUGAUGACCUCGAGAUUUUCGCCGCUGGUCUCAAACGUUUUGAGCAGGAGCUUAUUGACAUGGUCAUCCUUCGCGUCAUGGCCAUGACCCAGAAGAAGUGGACCUGGAAGCUCGGCGAAGCGGUUCCCGGACGAACGCAGAUACCACCUCUUCCCAGCGAAGUCACCCUGAUUCCAUACGCCCUCAAGUGUCCCAUACAGCUUGAUCUCAUCCAGGACCCUGUCGUCGCGGCUGAUGGUCAAGUUUAUGGUCGGCAAGCCAUUGCCAAAUGGAUGUCAGUCAGACGUUCGUCACCUUUGACUGGCCUGAUGCUUGAGGAUACUGAGCUCACUCCUGACCUCGAGUUGGCUGAUCAGGCAGACAAAUGGCUACAGGGUGAAGACCUCGUCGAGCCAGAGGAGCGUCCAGUCAACAAGCGUCGCCGCACCACACCCCAUCAUAACAUGAUUACCUUCUCGAAUGCAUCUCACCACUUCUCCCGUGCACUUUCAACCACCACAACCUUGGUUGAUCUGUACAAGGUCGCAUUCCGGGGCAUGAGAGGUCGCCACAACGCCUUCCAGCUGUCGUGGAGAGGAGCCCUUCUACAGCCGUCAACCGCCACCCUCGCAGAUUCAGGGAUCGUGGGAGGCGGUAUCAUCACUAUCCUUGUAGCUGACGAUGCCAACACGAUCCAGAGUGAAUCAUCGUCUCUUUGUCUUGUCAAAGUUUUCACAAGUUACACGCGCAUGGAGUUCUCUUACUGGGUCCCCAAAUCCACAGGGAACUCCUUCAUAUCUCUCAUGACCAAGUACUGGCGCUUCAGAUGGACCUCCCAGCCUUGGUUGAAUUACAAAAGACAGGAAAUCUGGACAGAUUUGAAGACUUAUGGCGACAGCCAGUAUCGUGGCAAUCGUCCGACUAUUGCUGAGCCGCUUGAGCACUAUCUCACCCUUGAACACGCUUUUGGAACGCUCAAAGCAGAGUCUGUCUACAAGAGCGAGGUAACAAGCAGAUAUGGUGCCGAAGACUGGAACAGUGACGACGAAGACGAAGAUGCCGAGCCUCUGGUGUUGAAAGUUUAUGUCUCUGAGGUUUCUUCCCACAAGGGUCGUGAAUAUCGUCUGUCUCGCCUCGAGGUUCUGAAGCAGAUGUUUGAGGCCAUGAUCAAUCGCAUGAUUGCUUACUCGUACAAGACACAUGUCGGUCUUGUCACGUUUGAAACGACAGCAAAGGUGUCUCAGUCGCUCACUCAUGUCAUCGAGAACUUCCGGAGAAGUGUGGAGAGCAUGCACGCAAAUGGCGACACGGCUCUUUGGGAUGGUCUCGAGCUUGCACGAACUCAGAUCAUGAAGCACGCACAGAAGUACCCUAAUGCACAACGUCGUAUCAUCUGUCUCUCUGAUGGCAACGAUACUAAAUCCGUCACGGGUGUUGCGGAUCUCUGCUAUAAGCUUCGUGAAAACAAGAUCGCUGUCGACUCGGUCUGCAUCGGACAAGACGACAACAUGGACCUGAAAGCACUCUCAAUCAUGCUGGCAUCUUACUGUUUCUAUCCCAGAGACCUUACCACUGCACUGGCCAUCUGUGAGAUGGAACCGGUCUUGUCUCAGACUGAGCGUCCAGCCUCCAACGUGGUUGCUACUUCUGGUACGGCACGCAAUUCAGCCUUGAACAACUUCUACAUUAUGCGCAACCGUGCUGCAUUCACUUUCGUUACUCAGGAUGUGUACCCUAAGCGCAAGGAACAUCCCAGAUUGGAUGAUGAGUUUAUCCAGCUGGUCAAUUGCGUUCGUUCAAAUGCCGGCAACCAGUCCAGUCUGCCUACGCUCAGAGUAUCACGUUUACUUGUCGAAAUGCGCGAGAUAGCUGCUAACCCCAACCCCAUGUACGAUUGUUACGUCUCUGAGGCUGAUAUGUUCUUCUGGAAGGUUCCUCCCGAUACUCCUUACGAAAGCUGCAACUUUAUGCUGUACCUCGAGAUGCCUGAGAACUUNCCCGCCUUCCCUCCCAAGGGUCGUUUCGUGACUCCAGUCUUCCAUCCCAACAUCAACCGUCACGGUCGCAUUUGUCACAGAAUCUUUGACCGUGACUGGACCACUGACACCAGUCUCAAGAACGUCCUCGACACUAUUUACGGUCUGCUUCUUCANGCUGAAACUGGCGAUGCUNNGCACACCACUGUCACGCUCGGUUUCCAUCACGACGAAGCUGCCUUUGCGGUUGAAGCUCGUCGCCACGCCAGAAAGCACGGUAAGAAGACUCGGGAGGAGUGGAAGUACGAGUUGCUCGAUCUAGAUGAGGAUGAGUCAGACUAA